AGGUACAAGUUUACUGUUUGUAUUUGCUAUCCCCUUUAUAUGAUAUUGAGUCUUGUACAAAUAGUUGUUUUUCAUUAUUCAUUUAUUAAGGUUUUAUUGUUCUGCAACUGCGCUUAGAUACAUUACAAGCCCUUCAAGUACCUCGUUUGUAGUAGUGAUGAAAACAAUUAACAACAGCCGAACAGGUUGUUAUCUGUGGGAAAGGCACUACAGCCUUCUUGGGAAUUUGACACGGUGCGAGGGUUGUCGGCUUCAAAGGUGGUGAUUUAUAACUUAUGUCAACUUUUCGUUUCAUGUGGCGGAUAGUUCUUACUGAUCAGCAUCGGCUUAGUGAUGUUGACUAAUGGCUUUUGCAGUCGCACAAUGGGUGCUUUUAUUGGCUUACAGCAAUUCGGGAAAUACAGAUCUGUUCCAAAACACUUUUGGUUCUACUAUUUACUCUAUUUCCGGAAAAUUUUUGUCAACAACUGUAGGUGAUACAGGGUGUUUUAUCGAGAAGCGGCAGAAUCAAUGAAGUGAAAAAUUAAUUGUAUAUAUUUACCAGCAUUAUGCCAGGCAAAAGGAAUAAAGCCCAACAGUCCAGAACAAGUCAGGUGAAAAGACCACGUCGUGCACAGAACGGAACUGGAGAGUCCACUACCAAUGAUGCUGUGGCUGUCGAUACAAGCACUCAACCCCUUGAUGUUCCUCCUGAAACCUUGGCUGCAUUAACCCAAAACAUUACAAAGGCAGUCACGGAGCAGGUGUUAGCAGAGAUAAAACCAUUACUGCAACAUCAGGGGAGUGUCUCUGUUCAUAAUAUGGGGGGAGAAAGGGGAAAUAAUGCUUCCACUACAUCAAGCAAUAGCUUAACAGCAGGUCCUUCUGGGUCAGUUUGUCAAAUAACAAAUAAGUCAGUGGAUGCAAGUAUCUCAGGAUUGGUAUCAGGCGCUGUAAUCGAACACAGUUCACAGAUUGUAGGUACUGAACUUCCACCUGCAGCAAAUGUGGGUAAGAAAUCAGGUUUUGUAAGCUCAUCAGUACCGAUAGAGGCAACUGUUUCUGACAAAAUAAAAUCUAAAAUUUGGUCAAAACAAUAUGUUGAUAUGGCUCUGUUGUUAAAAAAGGAAAAGGGGAAAAGUAAGUAUUCUAUCAAGGUAGAGGAACAGGAUCAGACAGGUAAGGUGGUAAUCCACAAUAUGCGAUCCACAGAUGACGACGAAGUUAGGGACGGUUCGUUAUCCCUGCAUGACUGGGUAACUGCGUGGAAUAGGUAUGUGACAAUAUAUUGCAUUAAAGAUACACUUGCACAGCCAAAGCUUGCAAAACACAUGGAAUCAGUAAGGCAAAUUGCAGAGGAAAAGGGGGACUGGAGAAAAUAUGAUAAGGAGUUCAGGGAACUCAUAGAACAAGGUGAGGUAGAAUGGGGUGAUGUCCAUAUGGAGAUAUAUGUUAAUGCUCGCCUCAAACAAUCAGAAAAGAAGUCAAGCAAAAUAACACCAGACCGUUCGUCAUUUGGUACGUAUGAGGAAGUCCCUCAGGGGUCAUGCUUUGCCUAUCACAAAGCUGGAAGGUUUUGUAGGCUUGGUUCAUCAUGCAAAUUCCAGCACAGAUGUUAUAACUGUGGUGGCUUCCAUCCAAUCUACAUAUGUAAAAAACCAAUUCAACGGCCAUUUCGUUUCUUGGACAAAUCCAGAACCCAGAAACCAUUUCAAGGAAAUGGCACAUCAACCAACACAGGUAAUGCUAAAUUCUCAAAGCCAACCUAUCCCACAAAAGGGCCCAACUCCAGUAAAUCCCAGUAGAUUAGAGUACUGGUU